AGAGUCCAGCCCAGGGCAGUGGAUCGCGAGGCUGUUCCCAUUGGAGUUGCUGUGCCCGUCGCGUCGGGAUUGUAACUGUAAUGGGCACCGAGGGGAAAGCCGGGAGGAAACUGUUGUUUCUCUUCACGUCUAUGAUCCUGGGCUCUUUGGUACAAGGCAAGGGUUCGGUGUACACUGCUCAAUCUGACGUCCAGGUUCCCGAGAACGAGUCCAUCAAAUUGACCUGCACCUACUCUGGCUUCUCCUCUCCCCGAGUGGAGUGGAAGUUCGUCCAAGGCAGCACAACUGCACUUGUGUGUUAUAACAGCCAGAUCACAGCUCCCUAUGCGGACCGAGUCACCUUCUCAUCCAGUGGCAUCACGUUCAGUUCUGUGACCCGGAAGGACAAUGGAGAGUAUACUUGCAUGGUCUCCGAGGAAGGUGGCCAGAACUACGGGGAGGUCAGCAUCCACCUCACUGUGCUUGUACCUCCAUCCAAGCCGACGAUCAGUGUCCCCUCCUCUGUCACCAUUGGGAACAGGGCAGUGCUGACCUGCUCAGAGCAUGAUGGUUCCCCACCCUCUGAAUAUUCCUGGUUCAAGGACGGGAUAUCCAUGCUUACAGCAGAUGCCAAGAAAACCCGGGCCUUCAUGAAUUCUUCAUUCACUAUUGAUCCAAAGUCGGGGGAUCUGAUCUUUGACCCCGUGACAGCCUUUGAUAGUGGUGAAUACUACUGCCAGGCCCAGAAUGGAUAUGGGACAGCCAUGAGGUCAGAGGCUGCACACAUGGAUGCUGUGGAGCUGAAUGUGGGGGGCAUCGUGGCAGCUGUCCUGGUAACACUGAUUCUCCUUGGACUCUUGAUUUUUGGCGUCUGGUUUGCCUAUAGCCGUGGAUACUUUGAAAGAACAAAGAAAGGGACUGCACCGGGUAAGAAGGUCAUUUACAGCCAGCCCAGUACUCGAAGUGAGGGGGAAUUCAAACAGACCUCGUCGUUCCUGGUGUGACCUGCUGCGGCUCCUCCGUUGUCCAUUUGCCUUACUCAGGUGCUACAGGUUCCAGCCCCCUGCUGGCUGUAGCUGCACAGGAUGCCUUCAAUGUCUUCUAGGUCCCACAGGACCCCUUGCUUUUAUUCUAGCUAGGGUAUAAAUUUAAAAACAUCAUCUACUUCCCCCUCCUCUUUCCCACCCUCCCUCCUUUCCUUACCACCAUUGGGUGGCCCGAGACUAAUUACAAAGUUUUCGUUCCCCAUUCCUAUGUGGGAUUGGGCAAGAGUCCUAGACUAGACAGUAAUAGUGGCUGGGCUGACAGGAACCCAAACCAAUACCUGGCUGUAAAGGCCUCUGAAUAAGGACUUUAAGCCUAGCUCCCUGCUUUCUCCUCCCCGGAUGGGGUGCCAGCUACUCUAGAGGGGGAGCUGCAGAAAGGAGGGGCUGAGGAUGGUGACCUCAGGUCUCUAGUCUUCGGAGCCUCUCUUCUGUCUCCACAAAAUGUGCCACUGGGAUUCUCCUGGAUUCAAAGUAAACUGACAUGGUGUCCGUACGAGGUGGGAGAGCUCUGUUAGCUCCCAAGAGACUUGGAGUAAGAAAGAUUUAAAGUGAUCUAAAGAAAAGGCUGGAACUGGUGGCCAUUAGUCACUCUUCAUUUGGCUGGAACUACCGCAUGGACCCUUUGAAGAUAUGUGUGGAUGGAGAAGAUACGAGCUUUAUAGUCUUGGCUCUUUGGUGGCCUCGUGUGUGUGUGUGUGUGUGUGUGUGUGUGUGUGUGUGUGUGUGUGUGUGUGUGUGUGUGUGUGAGAGAGAGAGAGAGAGUUGUAAAUUGAUAUUGUUAUAUAGAAGGGCUUUCUAGCUCUUUGGCAAGGUUGUGUUUCUGUGUGUUUAUAUUUGACAGAUGUUGCUGGAAAUAAAAACUUCAUUUGACAGACUUCUUUUUUGUUGAACAUGGAAUAUUUUAGGGAUUGUGAGCUACUUUGUAUAAACAAGAAAAGACACAAAAGUUCUGCUUCCCAGCAACCCAUGGCUGAUUCCCAGGACUAUAUUCUUAACUCAAGGCAAAGCUUCCGGGCAUCAGAGCUGUUCCGUAGCCUCCUGCUGCUGCGUGGGCGAGGAAGGUGCUGCUGUGCUGGAGGGGGAUUUCGUGAAGUGGGCGGAGGAAGUGUCUGUGCACUCUCCUGCCUGGCCUUCAUGGUGGACCUCCCCAAGUCGUCCUCUAAGGGAGAGUUCCUCCAUCAUCAAAUGUUUGAGAAAGCAGCAAUUAGCAAGAUAGGUCUGAUGGUCAUUGCUCUCUUACCAUUUGGGCCCUUCUAUAGAGAAGAAGAAUAAUGAACGAGGCUCUCAUAACUACGCUGCGCUUCAGACGUCUCAAACUUCAACCAACUCGGCUGUUUUUUAUUUUGGCAGGAUCUGUGAAGUAAGGACCGAUUGGUUGGAAAAGGGGUUCGGUUGGGAAUGAAGUGACAGUUUUCCUCAGGGUGCAUGGGGACAGUUUAAUUAAACUAUUCCAUUCC